AUGCCGCGCGAGGUGCGCGAGGGCGACAUCGCGCUCGCGCGCGGCGCCGCGCAUCGGGCGUUCACGCUCGUCGUCGUGCGCGACUACGAGGGCGGUCGAGUGCUGCUGGGCGAAAAACUGCGCGGAUUCGGCGCCGGGUAUUACAACGGAUUCGGGGGGAAGGUGGAGCGCGGGGAGACGGUGGAGGCGGCGGCGGCGCGAGAGCUGACGGAGGAGGCGAACGUCGAGGCGACGAACAUGACGCGGCGAGGGGCGCUGCGAUUCGUGUUCGACGAUAAACCGCUCGAACCGUGGUUGGUGCACGUGUUUCACUGCUCGCGGUACGACGGGGAGAUCGCGGCGAGCGAUGAGAUGCGACCGGAGUGGUUCGAUUUGGACGACGUGCCGUUUGAAAAUAUGUGGGCGGACGAUCCGUACUGGUGGCCGUUGUUUUUGGAGGAGAAGGAGUUCGUGGGGACGUUUACGUUCACGAACACGACGACGCUCGUGGAUUAUUGGAUUCGGGAGACGAAGGAUCUGAUGCUCGACGUCGAGGCGAUGACGGCGAACGAAUGA